AUGCCGGAAGUAUCUGACCACAGCAAGCCCCCUCAGAUGUUUCGGAACUUCGGGCAUUACAUUUGGAGGUCCCACCGAGAUCCCCCCCGAGCCCACCAGACUUCUGGUCAACGGGUCGUAUCUGAUUCCGAUCGUAAAAUCAAUAAUUUUCCUACCAGGGAAAGAAGGUCACUCGGAUCAGAUUCCCUAUAUUCUGGAGUGGCAAGAUUUCAUAGAAAACCCACUUCCCUGGAUGGCCUCUUUUUUUUAACAACAGGGCCAUGCAAAAUUCUAGCGGCUAAACCUAUCAACCCACCCAAGCCGCCAACUCCAACUGCACCCCCUGUUCUCCCCGACAGCCAAGAUUUACUUUCCCUUGACCCUCCCCCUUACCAGGUUCCUCCUCUCAUUCCGCAAGCUGCCCCUAUCCCUGCUGCGCCGGCAGAGCCUCCCGUAGCCCAGCCCAUAGGAGAACUAGAGAAUAGGGAGGCUCAACCCGCGCCCAUGCCUAGUGGGGGCGAAGUCCAAAGGCCGGCUGGACGCACCCGUAGGCGGGCCCCUCAUGAGCCAGGACUCCGCCUUCCUGACUCCACCGUAGCUUUACCCUUACGGGAAAUAGGGCCUCCCGAUGGUACGGGGAACCCCCGACUUCAAUACUGGCCCUUCUCUACCAGUGACCUAUAUAACUGGAAAACCCAGAAUGCCCGAUUUUCUGACAACCCUAAAGAUUUAAUAAGUCUCUUAGACAGUGUUAUGUUUACCCACCAACCCACCUGGGAUGAUUGUCAGCAGCUCCUCCGAAUCCUGUUCACCACCAAGGAGCGAGAAAGAAUUCAAUUGGAAGCAAGAAAGCUGGUUCCUGGAGAUGACGGCCAACCCACUGCUAACCUUGAUCUCAUUAAUGCAGCUUUUCCCUUGACCCGACCCCCACAGGAUGGCUGGGACCACAACACGGCAGAAGGUAGGGGACGGCUGCGCAUUUAUCGCCAGACUCUAAUGGCGGGUCUCCGGGCUGCUGCACGCAAGCCCACUAAUUUGGCAAAAGUGUAUUCAGUAAUACAAGGUAAGACAGAGAGCCCUGCUGCUUAUUUAGAAAGAUUAAUGGAAACCUUCAGACAGUAUACCCCCAUGAACCCUGAGGCCCCCGAAAAUCAAGCUGCUGUUGUAAUGGCCUUUGUAAAUCAGGCAGCCACUGAUAUUAAAAAGAAACUCCAGAAACUAGAGGACCUGGAGGGAAAACAGAUUCAGGACUUACUCCGCAUUGCCCAGCGUGUCUAUAAUAAUAGAGAGACUCCAGAGGACAGGCAACUUAAAGCCACCGAGGAAAUGACCAAAGUCCUGGCCGCUGUUGUCCAAAAGCCCCUGGAUAAACAAAAGCCCCUAGAUAAGGACCAAUGUGCCUAUUGCAAAGAAAAAGGCCAUUGGGCCCGAGAAUGCCCUAAAAAGAAAAAGCCACGCCAUGAUCAAAAACCGUGGCAGCCAAAAACCACACCCGCCCUCUUCACUCAAGAUGCAGAAUAGGGGGGAUGGGGUUCGGAUCCCCUCCCCGAACCUAGGGUAACGCUACAAGUGGAGGGGAACCCAGUUCAAUUCCUAGUCGACACAGGGGCAAAACAUUCGGUCUUGAUCAGACCCCAUGGAAAAAUUUCUGAAAAAUCUUCCUGGAUCCAAGGGGCUACCGGAAUAAAAAAAUAUCCCUGGACCACCCAGAGGACUGUGGACCUAGGAAAUGGAAAGGUCACCCAUUCCUUCCUAGUCAUCCCCGACAGCCCCUGCCCCUUAUUAGGAAGAGACUUACUCACUAAAAUGGGGGCCCAGAUUCAUUUUACGCCAGGGGGCCCCCAAGUGACUGGCCCUCACAACCAACCCAUUACCAUACUUACUCUAAGAUUAGAAGAUGAAUAUCGACUCCAUCAGGGGCCACCCUCACAAAGUCAAAACAUAGAGCCCUGGCUCCAGCAGUUUCCAGAAGCAUGGGCUGAAACCGUGGGUAUGGGGUUGGCUAAACAUCGCCCAGCUCUAUUCAUAGAGCUGAAACCAGGGGCAGAUCCAGUUCGGGUCCGACAAUACCCGAUGUCAAUGGAGGCCAGAAAUGGCAUCACGCCACAUAUCCGUCGCCUCCUAGACUUAGGCAUCUUUCGUCCCUGCCAUUCAGCCUGGAACACCCCCCUGCUGCCUGUACGAAAACCUAACAGUGCGGACUACUGUCCGGUACAAGAUCUGAGAGAAGUUAACUGCCGAGUCAUGGACAUACACCCAACAGUACCCAACCCCUAUACCCUCCUAAGUGCCCUCAGCCCAGAAAGACAAUGGUAUACUGUCCUUGAUUUAAAAGAUGCUUUUUUCAGCCUGCCUCUGGCCCCCAAAAGCCAAGAGCUCUUCACCUUCGAGUAGUGGUCCGACCCUGAGAGAGGCAUAAAUGGGCAACUCACCUGGACCCGGCUCCCCCAAGGAUUUAAAAACUCACCCACCUUGUUCGAUGAGGCACUUCACGAGGAUCUGGAUCCGAGGUAACCUACUUGGGGUAUCUGUUAAGAGAAGGCCAACGAUGGCUCACUGAUGCAUGGAAGGAAACCGUCCUCCGCAUCCCCCGACCCACAACGCGAAGGCAGGUAAGAGAAUUCCUGGGAUCGGCCGGGUUGUGCCGCUUGUAGAUACCUCGGUUCGCCAAGAUGGCUAAGCCUCUUUACCUGGUCACCCGAGAACAGGUGCCCUUUGAAUGGACAGAGGAAACUGAGCAGGCUUUCCAGCAAAUUAAACUCGCCCUGUUGUCGGCACCAGCCUUAGGGCUCCCCGAUGUCUCCAAACCCUUUCAUCUCUUCAUAGAUGAAAAUAAAGGGGUAGCCAAAGCAGUGCUGAUGCAACUCCUUGGCCCAUGGUCCAGGCCCGUUGCCUAUCUUUCAAAAAGACUGGACCCAGUAG